ACUUUGCUCGCUAUCCAACACUCUUUGUUUUGGGUUAUGUUUACCCAGCAAUUAUUUUAUUUUCCAACGAUUCGAUGAGAUUUUCGCCUAACAUAAAUUAAAAAACACAUUAUACAGAAAUGGGACAGGUGGUUUCAAUGGUGGCCCGCCGGGCCAACCGUUUCAAUGCGGAGAAUCGUGCCCACCGCGUCCUAGAGCGCGAGAAACCCACACCGGCGCCCAAAUUCGAGUCCAACUUGAGGGACAUGGAGCGCACCUUGGAAUUGGAUCCCAAGUUCGUGGACACGCUGAACAGGAAGGACGCCAGCUUGGACAGCCGAUUGAAAGAUGUUUAUGUAACGUCGCAGGAUCGAUUUAUAAAGCGCGUCCAGGAGCGCCAGGCGGCGGAGGCGGCGUCGGAGCAGCCGGACAAGCGACCUCUGCCCUUGGAGCGCAAAACCCCGGAAGACUUCGAGUAUGGCUACCUGGAGCCCACGAGGAUUAGUAGCGGACAUUGCACGUUGCGCCAGGCCCUCAAGUUCAUCAACGACCACCAGCUGGAUCCGGAGAACUGGCCGGCCAAGAAGAUAGCCAAUGAAUACAAGCUCAAAGAGCCGCAUGUGGAGAACAUCCUGCACUAUUUUAAAACGUUCAAUAUGUACAUACCCGAUCACAAGUACCAGGAUACGAUGCUGACACAGGCCAAGACACCGCUCCUGCGCGUCAAGUCAGACCCUGAGAGUAAUCCGUAAAUAAAUCCAUUCGUUUAUUGUU